AUGGCGUCUCAAAGUGGUCCAGCUAACCCUAUGGGUUGGUACAUGCUUAUCUUAAUGUUCACUGUCACUCUUCAUUCCUCAAUGGCCUUCGCACUCAACAGUAGUGUUCUCAAGACAUAUCCUCUUCAGUCUGGUGUCAUCAAUGGCACCUCAUACUCUAUUCUCGUCAACGCUGCAAAUGAACCGUUUCAACCGGUCGACACUUUCUUCGCAAAAGUCGCCCAAGUCAACACAACCUCAGGCAAGGGCAUCGAGCAUAACACCUCUGUCGCAUUGUUAGAUUUUUCACACCCUGUCAAUUUCAAAGUCCAAUAUCAUAAUGGUCCCAUCAAAUCAGUUGACAUUCGACCCUAUUCACUUGGUAUUCACGCUCGGGUCGCAAACGAUAUCAUCGAAUUUUCGCUCCCAAAACCGCAGAACAUUCUGAUACAGGUCAACGAUAACUUGUUUGAUACCCUGCAACUCUUUUCAAACUCCAUUGAGACAACCGAUCCGAUCAAUGAUCCUAAUGUGAUAUAUUUCGGACCUGGAGUCAACAACGGCACAGGUAUCCAGAAUGGAGUCUUGUCAGUCCCUUCAGGCAAAACUGUCUACGUGGCUGGAGGUGGUCUGCUUACCGCACAAGUUGCUUUUCAAAAUGUAUCCAAUUCCGCGAUCAUUGGCAGGGGCAUGCUAGGAACCAAAUCGUCCGGUGCCGUUCUGAUCGAAUAUUCAUCAAAUAUCACGGUCAAGGAUGUCAUCAUGCUGAAUCCGAACGGUUAUGCAGUGAUCUCUGGAAGCUCGAAGGAUGUCACUAUAUCCGGUAUCCGCUCAUUCUCUGCCAAGGGUAACGGUGAUGGUAUCGACAUCUUCUGUUCCCAGAACGUUUUGAUCGAAGGAGUCUUCAUGCGCAACUCUGAUGACAAUAUUGCCCUCUACCAACAUCGUUGGAACUACUACGGAGACUCCAAGAACAUCACGGUCCAGGACUCGUCAUUAUGGGCAGAUUAUGCUCACCCGAUCAACAUUGGCACGCACGGAAAUACUCCUAAUCCAGAGACCAUGGAUGGGGUCACGAUUCGAAACAUCGACAUUCUCAAUCACCACGAGCCGCAGCUGUGGUACCAAGGCUGUAUUGCAAUCAAUGCGGGAGACAGCAACCUUAUAGAGAAUGUCUACAUUGACGAUGUCCGAGUUGAGGACUUCCAAACAGGUCAGUUGUUGAAUUUCCAUGUCAUGGACAACACUAAGUACAACACAUCGCCCGGUCGGGGAAUCCGCAACGUCGUGAUCAAGGAUCUUGUUUACAACGGUCAUAAUGCGAAUCCUUCUCUAUUCCUUGGAUAUGAUGAGGAUAGAACCAUCACUAAUGUCACGUUCAUUAAUCUGACUGUCAAUGGUCUGAAAAUUUAUGAUGCGAUGCAGAAACCUACCUGGUACUAUACUGCUGACUUUGUUCCCUUGUCCGCGAAUGAACAUGUACAUAAUUUGACCUUCACAUCGGUAUAA